AUGCAUGAGCUCAAGAAAACCUUGAACAAAGGUCACCAUCAUACAUUAUUGCCUCCCACCACACUGACGUCCGACAGUAUCAGUACAUUACUGCCUCCCACCACACUGACGUCCGACAGUAUCAGUACAUUAUUGCCUCCCACCACACUGACGUCCGACAGUAUCAGUACAUUACUGCCUCCCACCACACUGACGUCCGACAGUAUCAGUACAUUAUUGCCUCCCACCACACUGACGUCCGACAGUAUCAGUACAUUACUGCCUCCCACCACACUGACGUCCGACAGUAUCAGUACAUUAUUGCCUCCCACCACACUGACGUCCGACAGUAUCAGUACAUUACUGCCUCCCACCACACUGACGUCCGACAGUAUCAGUACAUUACUGCCUCCCACCACACUGACGUCCGACAGUAUCAGUACAUUAUUGCCUCCCACCACACUGACGUCCGACAGUAUCAGUACAUUACUGCCUCCCACCACACUGACGUCCGACAGUAUCAGUACAUUAUUGCCUCCCACCACACUGACGUCCGACAGUAUCAGUACAUUACUGCCUCCCACCACACUGACGUCCGACAGUAUCAGUACAUUAUUGCCUCCCACCACACUGACGUCCGACAGUAUCAGUACAUUACUGCCUCCCACCACACUGACGUCCGACAGUAUCAGUACAUUAUUGCCUCCCACCACACUGACGUCCGACAGUAUCAGUACAUUACUGCCUCCCACCACACUGACGUCCGACAGUAUCAGUACAUUAUUGCCUCCCACCACACUGACGUCCGACAGUAUCAGUACAUUACUGCCUCCCACCACACUGACGUCCGACAGUAUCAGUACAUUAUUGCCUCCCACCACACUGACGUCCUACAGUAUCAGUACAUUACUGCCUCCCACCACACUGACGUCCGACAGUAUCAGUAUAAGAACAUGA